GUGAGGUGCACGACCCUGCGUGUGCACCCUUGUUGACACGCUGCCUACAUGUGCACGGCCCUGUGAGUGCACCCUUGUUGACACUCACCCCUUAAGUGCACUAGUUCGAUCCCAAAGUGCAACAGUGCUUCCUAGAGUGCACAAGUGCUCCCUAAAGUGAACUAGUGUCAUCCCUAAAGUGCACAAGUGCUCCCAAAGUGCACAUGGUCUCCCCCCUCUAUGCAUAGUGAUGUGCAACCAUUGAAAACCUGCACAUGUGACAUCUCUUGAAAUAUUGCAACACAUACACACACACCUGACCUACACAUGUGUCUUUAAAUUUUGCAACACACACACACACCUGACCUACACAUGUGUCAUUAAAUACUGCAACACACACCCACACACACACCUGACCAACACAUAUGUCAUUGCAACACACACCUGUCAAAACAGUGACCCCAGCAAACUCUCCAAAGCACCAGGCCGCCGCCCCCCCCCACCUGUGGGGCCUUAGUUCCAACGGGAGCUUGCAACGCGCCUUUGCAACCAUGUCCAGAGUGCCGCUGGCGCCGUUGCUGGUGCCGCUGUUGUUGCUCCUGUUAACGGAAGGAACAUCGCCAACGGAAGGGUGGUCCAGUGUCCGGGAGAGCGUUAGUGUGGCCUCGUGUCGGGUCCUCUGUUUACACAUGUUUACGGCAACGGGGGUAGAGAGAGAUGCCAAGUGUCGCAAGAGUUCCGACUGUUUCAUGUGUUGGAACACAUGUGGGAUUCUCCGCCACCACCUGACCGUCUGGAGCUCCAUGUGUGCUGACCACACUGCCUGUUUUCCAGGUUGCCAAGUCGCCUGUAGUUUCUACAUGGACAAGGCGGCUAAUAGAAGGGGCGGGGCCAGCGACCGCUCGGACACGCCCCCACUCCGGCUGCCAGCCUAUCUUCGCCCGCCAAGUGUCGGUAGGCGGGGCCUGGUGUCGUGGAGCCCCCCUGAUUGGUCCGGGAGCGCCGCCCCCGCCUCCCGGGUGGAUGGCCCCGCCUCCCGGGAAGAUGUCAUUUACGUCCUGCUCUCGCACGGUGAUGGCGGGUGGCGGGAGCUGGCGCAGACCUCGGCUACCAGCACGACAGUUCCGGCCGAGGUGACGGGGGUAGUUCGCGUGCGGCUCCUGGCUGUCAAUCAGCAGGGCCUCCUCGCCGUCUCCGAAGUCGUCCUCCACUUGGACGACGCGGCGAAGGAACACCGUCACCUUGAAGACGUGGCGGACCAGGGCGACCCUUCCGUCACCCCGACCUCUGAAGUGCCUUAUGGAUACAGACUGAAUCCAAUAAGGACACAUCCACCAGCAGUUAUCCCAGCCAGGGAGACGGCCACCAGCAUCCCCCAGUACUCCUCCUCUGUCUUCCAAGAUUCUUCCAAGAGGCUGGCAAGUGAUGCCCCCAGACUCGCUCAUGCUGACACAGCCAAACACACACCACCUGACCAAUCCUAUCCUCAGAUGGCACGGGAUUUAGGCAAGAGUAAUUCAUCUCCACAAGCUCCUUCGGUUGAUUCCUCGUGGACAGUUGAGGUUGUGAAGGUGGAUCUUGGUAUGUUAGCGGAGGUGAAAGUGGCUUGGGAGGCACGUGGUUCUGGUGGCGUGGAAUACUUGCUCUCCUGGGUUGAAGAAUCUGGCUUUGUGUCAGGCCAUUUGUUGACGGAUCAAGUGACCAGUGAGGUGUCUCUAUGGCCAGGCCAAGCAUAUUAUUUACAGGUGGAACUCGUAGAUUCACAUGGAAAUCCUGUCUUGCAGAGCCUCGCAACUCCGGUAAUAUUCAAGUCCACCUCUGUAACCACCAGCUCAACAGCCAAGAAUUACCCUGCUUAUUUAACCACAUAUCCUUUUAUGACUGCACCAAAGACAGAUACAGUAUCCCCUACAACUUCUACCACAAGAAAGAGCAAAACCUCUGAAGAGGAUUCCGAGGUAGUUGGUGAGAAGUCCUCCAGGCAAUUUCCGGUGUCUCUAAUUCCACUUUUGAAGGAUGAUAUUCCACAUGACUUCGUGCAAGACCAGGGCGAUAUUCCUUAUGGACGAUCGUCAGUUCGUAAGAAAAGCUCGGACAUAAAUGAAAAAAUGCGCAUGAUGCAUAAUAAAUAUGGAGAAGUAACGAGAGAAAGUAUUGCAAGGGAGAAGAUGCCAUUAGAAGUUUCUGCAAGAGAAAUGUCAAUAACGGCAAAUUCAGAAAGCGUGUCAAAUGUUGUAGUAUGGUGCGUAGGUGUUGGUAUUGGAGCUCUUCUGCUCUUGACACUCUGCAGCAUGAUAAUAUGGAUGCUGGGCAGAUGUCGAAAAAUAACUCGAAGUGAGGAAUGCACCAAAGAUAGAGUGAAUGGGUUCAGAGGCUCUCUUAGGGUAGAAGUUGCACAGAAAAGCAGAAGAAAUCAAGCUACAUCUUGGACAUUUGAAAACUUUUGUUCAGCAAAUAAAAAAUCCAAAUUAGUUCCAGUAAAAAAAGAGGUAGUUCCAGUUGGGAUUGAUAGUGCUUCUCUAGUGGAGAACUACGUUGUUACGCUGGACUCCCCACCAGCUACCAGUAAAAUUAGACACUAGUCAUUUCCGUUCCUUAAGUGUGUUAUAGAAAUGCAAAGAUUUUUUGUAAAUAUGACUAAACCAUAGAUCUCAAAGAGUUAAGUACAGUAUUUGGAUUCUCAGAUGAAAAUUGUUAGUGGAAUUUAAGGUGUCGAGCAUCAAACUAUAGAAUUUUCUGCUCAAGAGGAAAUCUACAGAUAUUCAUGUGUAUGUACCUAAACAUACAAACUUAAAUUAUCACGUCAUUCUAUUCAUAAUUAUGCUCUUAAAAAUACUAUACAGGGGCCACAUUCACGAAGCAGUUACUCAAGCACUUACGAACCCGUACAUCUUUUCUCAAUCUUUGGUGGCUUUGUUUACAGUUAUUAAACAGUUAAUGAGCUCCG